UUAUUUCCGUUGUAGCUAAAUAAACAGAAUACUUAUGCUGUAAAUAAAACGUUUUGUAGUUCACCAUUAUAGUUUUGAUGUAUUUGGUACUGGUCUCUGCGUUGGCUUGUCUAUCGACAUGUCAUUGUUUGAUCAAAAAGGAUGAGAAGAAUGAGGACCAGUGUGGUCCUCUGAAGCAGUUGCUUGAAUCCUCAUUAGUUUCAGUGGAGGUCAGCAAAAAGGGUUUCCACAGGGAGGUUGUAACCACUGUUGAGCUCAGCACUGAUGUGCUCAGCGGGCUCAGGGUUUUGCUGGUUCAUAGAUGGCCCAGAGGCGUCUACAUUGAUCCAUACCAACUUGCAUCCCUGAAUGAUCAAAAUGAUUGGCAGAUAUUACUAGAUUCAACCAUCGACCUAGAGGUGCCUGCUCACAAGACUUCUGGAUUUGUCACCUAUGUGUAUCCCACCCCUGAUGGACCUCCCAGAACUCCCAGAGUGCUAAAAGUAACAAUUCCCAUACACGGCCGCUACCACGAGCCUUCAUUUGAUGGGAAAAUGUUAACGUCUGUCGACAUAGAACCUCCAGAGCUGCUGCUGCGGACUGAAAAAUGUACUCAGCUUAAUAUCUUGGUUCCUCAUACUGUUGUGGAUGCCCCCUGUACUCAUGACAAUUCAAGCACAUGUCCGUGGGUAAAACUUCAGCAGCAGCAGCAGCAGGAGCAAAGCCCCAUGGGUUUCCAGUUUCCAGUUGGUGAUGGGUCUUUGGUGAUGCCUGUAUGCAGUGGAACUCUUCUAGUCACAAUAAUCUGCUGUAUGACACUGUCUAAAUACAUGUGGAAACAUCGAAUCAUUUAAACAGUGAUAGUCCACAUAUCUUAUGUAUCUAAGUCCUGGUCAUGAAAUCAUCCUGAUACCUUGAUCAUUCUGGCAUCACUAGGAUCAAAGUACAAUAUAAAAUAUCAAAAGGCCUUUUUUGUCUUGUACUGAAGACAUUUCCUAUUUUGUGUUGUCAAUGACGUUUGCCCUACUGUGUUAUAAGUGUUUUGUCAAAAAUAUCAGAUUGGAUAGUAUAAUUGCAGGGUCAUAAAACUACUGUGGUUAAAAGUACUUGUCUGAUAUUCAGCUCUAUCGUACUUCCUUUUAUGAAGUCUUUUAUUUUGACAUUCUGUAUAAUACAGAAUAUAGAUUGAGAACAAUAUGUAAAUUGAUGUAUAAGAUUGGUGUAAAAACAAAUGUGUUAAAGUGACUUUCUUUUA